GAAUCGUUUUAUGGUACAUCCCGAGGACAGUGUCAGUGGCCAUUUUAAAGUGUUUAAGUGCCAUCGAAGGUAUGGAGGUGUGGUUUGAAGCAUUCUCUUACUGCGGAAUGACCAGAAAGCAGUAUCAAGACGCGUAUAGAUGUGAUAUACCAAUGGAGUACGAGGGAAAUGAAGAAGAAGCGGAAAAGGGAGCCAAGCUUUUCGAGCGAAUCGUAAGAUCGAAAAUAGAACCGGAUAGGAUUAUGUAUGGCAAGGUGAAAGAAAGGAUCGAGGCUUCCACUAGCAAAUACCUAGUAACAAAAGAAAUGUUCAUUGCCUUUCCCGAUGAGAAGACAAGACGAUACCUACCCACAGGGUUUCUGCAUGUCUUUCUCAUUCGCGACCCAUACCGGGUUUUCAGUUCCUACCGAAGAGCCAUCUAUAAACAGCUUCAGGAUGUCGGUCUGAGGACCGGAGAUCCCGAGGACAUGGAAUCCUUCGACCUUCGCACAGACGACCCUUCCAUCGAUCCCUCCACGAUGUUCACUGGAAUGCACGAUCUCUGGACGUAUAUUCGAGAUAAGAUUGACCCGGAAGCAGUCAUCAUGAACACCGAUGAACUUCUUGCCAGUCCUGGAGAUGGCUUGUCCAAACUCUGCCAUGCGGUUGGUCUUCCUUUCUCCCCAUCUCUCCUCCAAUGGGACCCAUCUCCAGAUGUGGUUAAGCGAUGGAAUGCAGCCGGGGAUGAUGUUGUCAUGGCAACAAAGGCUUUCUACCAGAGAGCGAUCAAUUCAAGCAGGUUUCUACCACCCAGUCCCGACAUUGCACCAGAACAACAUGGUCGCGAUGUCAGGACGUUAGCGGAGGCGGCCAUGCCUUACUUUAAGGAAAUGGACCGUUUCAAGAUCUAAGCAUAGAGGUAGUGUAAUCCAAGUAGGCAAGGUAUCGCAACGUCAUUACACAUUGGACAAUGGUUAGCCUCCCCAUUAUGCAAACGUUUUGUUGAGGCAUAUUAUUCAUUUCAAUAAACAGACACGCAUGGGGAGAGUGAGGCGAUAGAUUCAUACUUUAUUCUGUAUUUCAAUAAUCUAUGCAGAAAAUAUUACGACUAGUGCUAAACCAACCAUCAAAAUCGUCUACAUCAUUAGAAUAGUCCAGUGACCAGGUGCUUCAAAUUCACAGUCCUUCCAAGGAACACAAUGACGAGGUAUUACUUUAACAUGUAAAUGAUAAAUCAAAAGUAUAGCAUCUAGUUUACAUACAUUCGUGGUUGCUAUAUCUGACAAACGUCGCAGAAGCUUUGAAGUAUUUGAGAACAACCUUUGAUUG